GAAAGUCAGGAGUUCUCGAGAAAGAGCUUGCCUGGAUGUGCCAACCACCAAUAAGAGGAAGAGACUAGAGAGACAAAGAGAAGAUGAACUAUUUUUUCUUCUAUCUUGGCUUUGCUGUUUCUAGUCCAAAGUUCAAGAAUGGUCAGAAGAAUGGUUUACCGCACAGCAGCGCCACCCCCUGGAUAGCUAUGGCAACAGCAACGCUUUGAAAAAAGUUGCAUAUGGAAAUUCAGGAAGCGAGAAAUGCGGAAGAUAACACAUCUUGUGUAGGUGUGUAAGUGUGUGCGUCGACGCGCGUGUGUAAACCGCGUACGAGCAGGAUCGAGCCACGCCACCAGCAGAGAGGGGUUCCCUCCGCCCGAGGCAGACGCGGAGCGCACGGGCUGCUGCUGGCACCGUCUGAGAAUGUGAAGCUCGAGCAGAAAGCGAGAAGGAAGCGCCGAGGGGCAGCGACGGCGAAGCCGAAGUCAAACUGUGGCCAGAACUUUGUGGAAGUGAAAUGACCAGAUUUGAAGGCUGAGCCGAAGCAGCGUUUGCGCCUCUGUCUCCGACCCGCGUCUCCGAUGCCCAAAGGCGGCCGGAGGAGGACCUCAAAGGACCUCGGGCUCUGUGGAACCGCUGCUAACGAGGGGUCUCGCGUGGAGCGACGGGCGCCCGGGAAGCAGGGCCAGGUUUGCGAUGAGCUCCAGCACAAAGCCGCCCACGUCGCGCCGUCGUCCCACGGCGGAGUGAUGGAGCCGCGCCAGGUACCGCAGGUCACCAUCACCCCGGAGGGGGGCGGCUGCUCCCGGGAGAUGCAGCAGGAGGACUGGGACGACGCGGCGGACGGCACGCUGCGCCGGCACCUGUCCAGCUCGUCCAUCUCCUCCACGGGCUCCUCCGCCGUGGAGUCCGAGGACGACCUGCUCAGCGACAACGAGAGCAAAAGCAAAGGCAUCAUCACGCUGGAGCACCUGGUGGACACGGAGAGCAAACCGUGGUGGAAGCUGAAGACGAUCGUCCACUGGUCCUUCAGCGCUCAGAGACGGAAACUGAACUGGGUUCAGCUGGCCGGCCAUAAAGGUAACUUCAAAGCAGCGGACGAGGGCACCAUUCUGAAGAAGUUCUCCGACAACGAGAAGCAGUGUUUCGAGGAGGUGCAGGGCGACGCGCUGCUCCCGUUCGUUCCCGCUUUCCACGGCGUCGCGGAACGAGACGGAGAGUUCUUCCUCCACAUGACCGACUUACUGGCCAAAUUUGACCUCCCCAACGUCAUGGACUGCAAGAUGGGAGUGAGGACAUACCUGGAGGAGGAGCUCGUCCGAGCACGAGAGCGGCCCAAGCCGAGGGAGGACCUGUACAAGAAGAUGGUGGAGGUAGACGAGACCGGGCCGACCCCCCAGGAGCACUCGCAGCGCGGCGUCACCAAGCCGCGCUACAUGCAGUGGAGGGAGACCCUGAGCUCCACUCACAACCUGGGCUUCAGGAUAGAAGGGAUCAAGAAAUGCGACGGCACGUGUCGAACCGACUUCAAGAAAACCAAAUCGAAGCCGGACGUCAUCCAGGUGUUCAGGGACUUCGUGGGCCGGGACGACGGCAUCGUAAAGUCUUACCUGAGGAGACUGUCAGAGAUCCGGCGAGCCCUGCAGGCGUCAGAGUUCUUCAAGCGACACGAGGUCAUCGGCAGCUCCCUCCUAUUCAUCCACGACCACACGGGCAGCGCCGAGGUCUGGAUUAUUGACUUUGGCAAGACCACCGCGCUGCCGGAGGGCCAGACGUUAAGCCACGCCAUUCCCUGGCAGGAGGGCAACCGGGAGGACGGGUACCUGUGGGGGCUGGACAACCUCAUCCACACGCUGGAGUGUGUGAGCAGCCAAGGGCCGGGGGAAGAAACUCGUUCAGACACCAAAGAGGAUCAGCAAACUACAGAAACUGGUGGCCAAUGACCUUUGACUCACAACCAGGUGUGAGGAACUCUAUUCUGGUUCGUAUGGGGCUCAUGUGCCUUGGGUGGUGUAAUCAUGGUGAAACAAGGAGCUCAGAGUUGCCUGGAGGCAGAUCCGCGCUGCACCCCAGUAGUUCUGGGCUCCGGCCUUUAAUAAUCUGGCAUGAGGCGCUUGGUGCCGACACUGACAGGAAGGACAAUGGACGCUGAACGGGGAGGAGCGGAGGAACUGUCAUUAGCUGAGCAAAUUUAACUGACACUAAUUCAAGAGAAGUGAAAGUGCAGACACUGUGCGUUUCGCUUUCAGAGACGUCGCAUGUGAACGAAAUGCUCAUAAUAUCAAGGAGAAAGGGAGGAAUCAUGACUAUUAAAGCACAACAUCCCUGACUGGGUCACAGACCUCAUACUUAUCUGACUAGAACAGUAAAACACAAUUAACUAUAGUACUGCAUAAUGAUUCAACUGUAUGAUUAAUGUCUCAGUGUGAAUCAUUGUCAUUUAUUGUUUAUCAAUUAUUACUUUCACUGAUUGUAUUUCUUUAUAAUCAAACUAGUAAUUCGUUUGUUUGGUCUGGGUCACAUGUAAGAAGUGCUGUACACAUACAAUCAAUUUUAAUUCAAAUUAUGGUUGAAUUAAAAUGGGGAAAAUACCCCUUAAUUUUCCACAGUAUAAAAAAAGACCAUUUGUUAUUUUAUGGGUAAAUCAGGGGUUUGUUCAUUUGUUAUUUAAGUGGCAAAACGUGGGUACAAUCACACAAAUAGUGUCAAUAAAUGUUGAUUUAUUGAGGGUGAA